CUGUCGACACUGGAAAUUGAAGGUUGCGUUGAAGACUUUUAUUUUGAAAUCUCGGCAGGACGAGCACACCGGAAAAUCGCGCAGAUGGAGCUGAUGACUUUUAUUGAAGCUGGUAAACAUCUGCUAAAAGAUUCAGUAUAAAAGAGGAGGGUAGGUCUGGUCCAACUGGUGGAAAUGGCAUGUGCAAAAGUUCCUUUAGAUGAACUUCAUGUAACCGAGCCUUCUGGAACCCAGGGCAAAGAACAGAUCCUACCAGCACUACACCCUGACCGAAAGGAGGAGAGAUGUUUCCUAACCUAUAAACCCCCACCCGAGGAUGGCACUCCUGCACUAGUUGAAGAGUUUCUGGAGCUUGGUCAGUUCAUCUCAGAAGACCUGGAAUGGUUGCUGGCCUUACCUCAUGACAAGUUCUGGUGUCAGGUGGUAUUUGAUGAGUCAUUACAGAGGUGUUUGGACUCUUAUUUGAGGAACGCUCCCCGUGGUUUGGACCCGUCUGGUCUCUCGUCCGCUCCAGCUGUAGCCGACAUGCAGAGGAACCUUCAUCGCUCUGUAUUCAUGGUCUUUCUCAGAAUGGCUACUCAUAAAGAGUCUAAGGAACAUUUUAUUACUCCUGCUGUGUUUGCAGAGAUUAUUUACAACAACUUCUUAUUUGACAUUCCUAAAAUUCUGGAUCUUUGUGUGCUGUUUGGGAAGGGAAACUCCCAACUGCUUCACAAAAUGAUUGAGAACAUUUUUACACAACAGCCAAGUUAUUACGGAGACCUGAACGAGACCAUACCCUCCAUCAUUCAGGUAUUUGACAUGGUUUUAGAAAAGUGUGGAAUUCAGUCAGAGGAUGCAGGUGCCAGUCAACCCCUCAAACUGAAUGCAAAUAGAUGCCUCACUCCCAUGACCAUGCCAGAGGAGGACUUUGCAGACUUGGUGUUGUACAUUUGUGAUACCUGCACAACUAUCCACUCUUUCCUGGACAUUUUCCCUGAGGCUUGUUCUUCCUUUAAACAGCACAACUUUCUAUAUAGAUUAUCGUCAUUCUACGAGAUGGUGGUUCCAGAACUGGAGAAAGCAGUGAAAAAGAGAAAUUUCAAUGAAAGUUUACAGGCAGAUAUGUGGAGACGAGUGGCUCAUUCCAGUAAGAAAAUGGUGGAGAUCGCUCACCUUCUGCUUCAGCACACAUGUUUACAACCCAUACUGGAGGGCUCUGAAAGCAUGCCAUCAUAUGUAGAAGAUCUCCUACAGAAUUUCACAGCUUUUCUUCAAGAAAAAAGAUUCCUAGCAGAUUAUGAUGAAGAGUUUCCUAUAGCUGAUGAUGUCAGUCUUCUUCAGCAGGCCUUCCCUCAUUUAGAUGACACCAGGACAUCCUACCUGUUGCAGGGAGUACAGUCUGCGUGGGAGAGUGUUGGGAAAAAGAGGAACAUCCCUUCCACAUUCCCAUCAGCCAAUCACAGCGUAGAAGCUAAGGGCAAGUCUGGCAGAGAUACGACAGCUUCCCAAAAGGAAGAAGCUGGAGUCCAAGAGGAGCUGAGAGGAGCAGAAGCUAUGACUAUCACUCCUCAUAAGGGUGACAAUGGGGCAGUGUGCACAGUGAGUGCUGGAGAAUUGGAGUCUCUGCUGUUUCAUAUUCGAGAGCUGCUCCCAGAUUUGGGAGAGGGAUUCAUACUAGCGUGUUUGGAAGAGUACGGCUACAAUUCUGAACUUGUCAUCAACAACAUCUUGGAAGAUAAACUGUCGCCUUCACUUGACAAACUGGACAGGGCAAUGGCCAGGCCUGAGAAGAAAGAGCCUCUUGAAGUUUUGAGCUCCAGAUCAAAUGCGUUUGAUGACGACGAGUUUGAUGUGUUCCACCGCGACCGUGUAGACAUGAGUCGUGUAUGGAGGGGUCGAAGACAGGGAGAGAGUGUACGUGCCAUGCUAGAUGACAAACAGCACGUAGAAGAGCAGAGAGCGAGAUAUCAAGCCUACCAGACGGUGGUGGAUGAGAUUCCCGUCACCAGUAACCCCUCCGGAGAACGUGAUAAUGCUUUCGCCUUGGAAGAUUAUGAGGAUGAAUAUGAUGACACGUAUGAUAUCAACCAGAUAGGAGCCAAUGAUCUGGAUGAAGAGGAUGAACUGUUGAACCGCAGGCCUUUCACUACUCCACAAGUGCUCAGAAUGGGCAAAAAGGUUCAGGAGGUGGAGGAGUUUGAAGAGGAUGAAGAAGACAAGGAUGAAUCUGCGAAGAGGGAUCACUUUGUUCAAGACCCAGCAGUGCUCAGAGAGCGAGCAGAGGCCAGAAGAGCAGCCAUGCAGAGCAGGAAAGGGUACAGGCCGCCUCCACAGAGUCACGUGGUAGGAGGUCCAAAGGGGCAGGGCCAGUCCCAGGAGACCGUCGCGGACCGACGAAGAAAAGAGAUGAACAAGACUCGAGGAGCCAAUCACAAUCGCAGAGCGAUGGCUGACAGGAAGAGGAACAAAGGCAUGAUCCCUUCUUGAGUUAAUGAUCACACACUGCUCUCUGUGAACUGAAGGAGAUUGAUGUGUCUGAGAGAUGGAUAACAUCUAAUGACAAUUAUAUAUUCAUUCGUAUAAUCUCAUUGGAGCAUCAGGAUGACACUGUGGUAACUUAAAAUGGCCAUUUUUUUAUGUUUCCCAGAAUGAAAUAGACUGGUUUUCUUUUUUUGAUGUAAUAAGUAGCAGGCUGGUGUGUUAAUGAGGGAACAACAAAAUUGUAUAUUUAAAAAAAAAAGUAAAAUCCAAUUGCUGAAUGAUAGUCAACACAGGAGAAGAAACCAAAGUGCUAACAGGUCUCAUUUUGCACUGUAACACAAGUUUAUUGAACAAAGUGGUACAGACAGUUAUUGCACUGUUAAAUAAAAUCAAUAAAUAAAACAACGUCAGGUUUGAGAAUGUCAGGUUUAACAAGAAAGGUUGCAGAAAGAUGCAGAGUGUUACACUAUUGAAGCAAAUAUAAAACUAGACAUUGCUAGUAAGACCUAUAUCUGAACCAGAUGUAGUUCUCUAAAGGUUCAGAAAGCAAUUAAGACAUGACCUAAAAGCAGUCUCUUAAGAAAUAUCCAAAUUUAAGGUUGUACAAACCAGCUGAAGUAUGAUUUUAGCAGAUUAUAUCGUGCCAAAGGCUAUGAACACUUGUCACUCCAGAAGCGAGUGAUUGCAUUUUUCUCAUAUAGUCUGAACUUCAGGCGAUGUCUCUUGCCAUGUAGAGCAACAUAUUUCUACUUGUUAAGAUAAAUUAAGAGCAUUUUGUAAUAAAGCAUAUUUAUAAAUGCUAAAGUUAAAAACAAACUGAAUAAAUAUUAUUCUUAAGACUU